AUGGCUAACACGCAUAGUUUACACUCCUCAAACGUAGUGGGCGUACACUACAGAGUUGGGAAGAAAAUCGGUGAGGGAAGUUUCGGUGUCAUCUUUGAAGGGACAAAUUUGUUAAAUAAUCAACAAGUUGCCAUAAAAUUCGAACCACGAAAAAGUGAUGCACCCCAACUUCGUGAUGAAUAUAGAACAUAUAAAAUUUUGGCUGGCUCACCGGGUAUACCAACCGUAUAUUAUUUCGGUCAAGAAGGUUUACAUAACAUAUUAGUCAUUGAUCUUCUUGGUCCAAGCCUGGAAGACUUGUUUGAUAUGUGCGGAAGAAAAUUCGGCAUUAAGACAGUAGUUAUGGUAGCAAAGCAAAUGCUUACACGAGUACAAACUAUUCACGAGAAGAAUCUCAUUUACCGUGAUAUCAAACCAGAUAACUUUUUGAUUGGCCGUCCGGGGACAAAAGCUGCCAACGUUAUUCAUGUUGUUGAUUUUGGCAUGGCUAAACAAUAUCGAGACCCAAAAACAAGACAACAUAUUCCAUAUCGAGAAAGAAAAAGUCUAAGUGGAACGGCUAGGUACAUGAGUAUCAAUACACAUUUAGGAAGAGGCAAGUCAUUAAUUUGUACGAAGCAAUCACGACGUGACGACUUAGAAGCUCUUGGACAUGUUUUUAUGUAUUUUUUAAGAGGUGGCCUACCAUGGCAAGGACUUAAAGCAGCCACAAAUAAGCAAAAAUAUGAAAAAAUUGGAGAAAAAAAGCAAUCAACGCCAAUCAAAGAAUUAUGUGAAGAACUUUUCACUAAAGUCUUAAAGAAUACUAAUGAGGUAGAAGAUGGUAUUUAUGAUUGGAUGCUAUUAAAUGGUGGAAAAGGGUGGGAAGCAGGUUCGCGGAAAGAUGACGGCACACUUAACCCUGAAACUAACACCCGCGUAACACUUCAUGGUACCUCCUCCCAGCCAUAUAGCACGAACGCUGUUCAUGCUAAUUCUAAGGCACCACGAGGGACGGGAAAGGCGCACAAACACAACAGUGCGAUGUUGAAUUCUGGAGUCGAAGAUUUGAAUAAUCCGUACUCUGGUCGUGCUGGUAUGAACGGAGGUAACGGUGGAAAUGCCAAUGGCAUCCAAGGAAACAAUGGUGCCGAUUCAAACUCUCACCGAAGGCGAGGAAUUUGGCAAAAGUUCAUCGGCGUUAUUACAUGUAGUAUGUGUAGCUAA